CGCGCGAGUUCAAGCAGACGUAUCGAAUACAAAUUUGAACGUGUUUCUAGUUGCACAAAGCAAAAUUGUGCUGUGGAGUGCAUAAUAAUUGUGUCGGAAAUGUUUUGAAAGGGUGACACUGGCUGGGAUUACAGUCGAGAGAACAAUGAGCGACUUCAAGCGCAGCCCCAGCAAGGUGUGGUGGGCCAGCGACUUCCUCGACCGGCGCGAGGAAGUCUCCGGGAGCCCCGGCAGCCAAGACUCCGGCUUCUCCGACACCGAGACGCCGCCCCUGCAAAUCCAGAAAACCACCACCAACAAACCCGAGAACCUCUCCAUCAACUACCAGGAGAAGAGCACCCCCGAGAAGAGCCGCCUCGGCGCCGACUUCCCCCGGAAGAGCCUCUUCGCCAAGCACUCUCCCAAAGUCAGCCGGAAUUUAUUCAACGCCAAGAGAUGCGUGAAGGACGCGCUUAAUCAUCAGUAUGCAAAGGACGUCGAAGACAAAACACGCUCGAGCGAGAGAGUGGAGAGCGGGCGCUCGCUGGAAGAGGAGGUGCUGAGGGCGUCGAGGAGUUUGCCGACGAGGGAGGAGGCCAAAAGGGCCGAGUUUUUCAACAGGUCGGCGCCGGCGGUUCUGGAGGAGGUGCGGGAGGACGAGGCGGAGUGCGCGGACUUUUCGUUGUCGAGUGACUGUGAAAGUGAGCUGGAAUGCCUCUUCAACGGGGGCUUGGACUCGCCGAAGCACACCUCCACGCCGAAGAAUCUAGUGAGCAGGAUGCGGGGCGCGAGGCGGGGAGGGAGUAGCUGGGGAGGCCACGAGGACAGGCUGCACCACAGGUCGCCCGAACUCCUCAAAAACGACGCCGUCCAGAAAUGGAUGCACGAAAUCCGACACCAGUACGACCAAGAAUGUAUGACGACCCUCCAAGCCAAAUCCAUAGCGGCAGAUCUGCACCAAAAAGUGGCCAACAUGGCCACCUACACAACCACCAACAUCAAAAACAUCAUCUCGCAUUCAGAAUGUCUCCAAGAGGAAUUCAAAACCUUGAACAGCGAGAAAAAAUACGUCGGCCCUUUAGCUCAAAGUCUAGCCGGCAACAUAAUGGACUUCUUCAAACUCUACUCAGAAGUAACCCCCAAAAUAACCAAACAAUACGACGCCAUAAGAAAAGCCACCCGUGACGAUCUCCUCACCCAAAUCUCCCCUUUAUUCACCCUCUGGGAAUCCACCUUCCACACAGUCCUCGAAAAAGAAAUCAAAAAGUUAGUCGAGCGUCUAGAAAAUCCAUGCUCAGAGUUAGAUCUUCGAGCCACCGUCACUGGAAUCACCUCCCUCUGUCUACGACACGAAAGUCUCAUUGAAAUCUUCACCAAAAGCGAAGUGGUUCCAAUUCUUCUGAUUCUAUGCGAAAAGUGUGAAGGUUCCUCCAUGAGGAGUCUCCUCCUCAGAGCACUAUCAACCAUGUGUUCCACCACUUUCGCGGUUCGUCAAUUCGAAAAGUACUCAGGCAUCCAAAUCAUCAGUGAAACUCUCACUGAAGACUUGUCCCGCCCGGAGCCCGAAAGGUCCGAAGCUGUAGCCCUUCUAGCCCAAGUGACCGCGCCUUGGAUAGAAGACAACCACUCCAUCAAGGGCUUGGCAGACCACUCCCGGAAGUUAGUCAAAUCGUUGACGAAAUUCGCCUCGACGACCAAGUGUUGUCAAAAUCUUCUUCUAUGUGCCGCAGCUCUUGCAAACUUGUCGACAAUGGACACCAAGUGUGUCAAAUACAUGCUACAUUUGAACACAGCGGAGAUUCUUUUGAAUUCAGUCAACAGAAGAGGACCAUGCGCUUCGGUUUAUCUUCUGGAGCAAGUGGCCACACUCGUUGCCAAUAUGACGUCAGUCGAAGUGGCCAGACAACACCUGACAAAACUAUCGACGAUUCCUGCACUUUUGUGUUUCUUGAAAUGCGGAGGAGUGGGGGAAGAAGCCGAGAAAAGGCUUCAACAGAAAGCUAUUAUCGCUUUGUCUAGGUUAUGUAGUGACAAAGAAGCGGCCACUCAGGUCGUGGAGUUGGGGGGAGUGGAGAAACUAGUCAAGAUGUGUAGGGAGAAGGAGGAGAGGUUUUCGAACGAUGCUGUGUUGGUGGCAACUUUGGCUACGUUAAGAAAAAUCGUCGAUGCGUGCGGGAAAGAUGUUAUUAGUGUAGAAGAUGUACAAGAGCUUGUGGAGCCUAAGUUGCUGGACUCCUUUCUGGCUUAUUCGACCCAAAGCGAGAGCUACGUGUAAAGUUCUGCCAUUUUUAAGUGUUCAAAUGAUUUUCUAAUAUUUAUUGAUUGUUGUUUUAUUUAUUGUAUUUUAAUUUUAUUGCGAAAAAAUAUAUGACGUAUUUAGAGA